AUGACUUUGAUACUCCUGAGUGUCGAGCGAUACAUCGCCGUCGCUCAUCCCUUCAAAUAUGCCCGACUGGUGACGUCGCGAAACGUCCUCAUUUGCAUCUUUAUCGUCUGCUGGUCGCUUCCAAUCAUAUUUUACGACGGUUUUAUCUUGAUACGUUCACAUUAUCAGUUCACCGAGGAGGUCCGAGUCUGCACUCCAGCUUAUGGGGAUCGUUUCGUCUACACACUUGUCGGACUGCUGGUCUUCUUUUUCCCGUCUUCGCUCGUCGUCGGCAUCACGUCGGUCAGCGUGCACCGAUCCCUGACGCGUCAUCUCAAGCAGCGUGAAUCAAUGCUAGCCUCGGCAGUGCCAGGCCCGUCAUCGAUUUCAUUGCCAACAACAUCGACAUCUUCGCCAUCACCGGACAGUGGGCGGCCAUCGCGGCCCUCCAAACAGGAGCUGAAAAUGUUCCGCCUGGUCCGAAUCGUGGCACUAGCAUUCUACGUCUGCUGGGUGCCCCACUUGGCAGUGGGACUUGGCUUCCUGGUGGCCGGAAAGCCAGCCCCACCUAACCUGACUUUCUUCUUGUACUGGCUUCGCCUGUCCGGCGGUAUCUGCAACUUCUUCAUCUACUUCCUGGGGAACUCAACCUUUAGGCGCACAGCAACUGAAAAAAUGAGAUCCUGCUGCCGUAGUUGUAGCGGAACAAGCCAGUCUUACUCUAUAGAAAAUCGUGGGCGUCAGGAGGGAGGCAUAGCUGUGACGACUGUAUCUUAA